UGUGCAUGUAUAAUACAUAGCACAUGCAUGCAGACUGAAUGCUGUGAAAUAACAAACUAAGAAAAUUGCAGCAAUGUUUAAAAAGAAGACAUCUCCACGAAAGCUACCUGGACUGCGAGAGCUACUAUCUCAACACAGAGCAGUCACAUCUCCAGUAGAUAACAGAGCUCCCACUACUGGCUUCCAUACAGUAGAUGACAGAGCUCCUACUACUGGCUUCCAUACAGCCAGUUAUUCAGAACCGGAUCUAACCGUUUUGAAACAUGACGUUGCUGAUGGUUUUGGUGAAAGUAAGGAAUUUUGUCCCAUCAAUACACUCGCCCUGAAGCACGUUAAAUCAGAUGGCUUCUCAUCAAAUGAACAUCUCGAAGAUUCUUCGGAAUUGUGUGAGCUGCAACAAUUUUCACAAUCUAGCUCUUUCAUUUCUUUAAGUAGCAAUCAUUCAUUGCACGAGGCUAGUACAGGGGCUCAAGAAGAAACAGACUUUGUUUUGCUAUCGCAAUUGAAAAAGUUGGUUAAAUCAGCCAGUGAUGCUUCGAAUGACACGCAGAAUUGUCCGUCUGCAAGAAAAAACAAGAGAGAUCUUUUAGGACGGCCACGACCAUUAUCCUCUCCUAAUGUUGCAAUCCCUCCUCCCAUACCUCAAGAUUCUAAAAGCAGUGGAAUAGAAGAUGCUUACACAAAGCCAAGUGAAGGUGUCAAGCUUCUUGCCUCUAAAAGUCACUCUGAUCUCUCUCCCUCAGCAACACACAAAGAAAUCUUUUCACCACACAAAGAGUCACCACACAAAGCAUCCUCUUUCCUAAAUCUUCACAAAUCAUUUGCAUCAGCAUGGCAAAUCUUUAUACCUAAAAACAAGAGAAAGUCGAGUGCCCAAGACCUCCCCCCACCACCAUCCCGCAAACGCACAACCACACUUGCAGAAUACUGUGAAGAACAGGAACUUCAACUAACCAGCUCUGACAAUGACGAGUUCUGUGUGAUCCCCACUGGCUCAGCUAGUAUCCAGUGGCUAGCCCCUCAGAGAAAGCAAUCUGAAUCUGAACUAGAGAGGGAGGAGCUCAUGCGACUAGCUACAGCCGAGCUAGAGGCUCACACCAACGAGCACCUCCAGUGGAGGGAACGCAAACUGCGCUCUACUAGCAUGUGGAGUACCAGUGGAGUGAUCCUACCUCCUGCUGAUCCAUUUGAGAUACAGUUUGAGUGUGAGAUCAAGCAAACACUAACCAUCGCUUUGGCAACUGUCGUCAAUUUGAGGGAAGUACCAAACGACGACACUAGCAAACAGCUAGCGGAGUAUGUGCUCAAGGUGUUUGACACGGAUGAUGACACAGUGAGACAGCAGUGGAGGAAAGCAUCCACACAAGAAAAACCAGAAUUGAAGCUUGUUUGCACUGUGAGGAGUGGCUCUGGACUAAUAGCCAAGGAUGCCAAUGGCAAGAGUGACCCGUACGUCCGUAUUGGUAUCAUUGAUGCCACUUAUCAGGGGGAGGAUAUUGUUAAGAAGGAGAACCUCCUUGACUGGAAGAAAAAGGGCGGAGUCAUGCCCACUGGGGAGAUAGUGAUGACAAGUGUACAGAAGGCUACCCUCAACCCUUGCUGGAAUGAGUCUCUCGAGUUAUUCAUGGGUAGUGCUGAGCGAGAGAUGCUUGUGGUGGAGGUGUGGGAUAGUGACAAGGAUAUGGCCGCACCCACCAAGGUCAAGGGCAUUCGACAUUUUGUGAAAGACCUCCGUAAGACUGAUGACUACAUGGGACGUGCCUUCCUCUCUCUGUGGACCCUGAAACAAGUGCAGGGUAAGGAGAUGGAGCUCUUCUCUCACUCAGGGAAAAGCCCCUAUGGCUCUAUCAUUGUGGACCUGUCAGUGGAACAAGUCAAGAAGAACACCUCUCUUGAGGUUGGCAUGUGGGAGCAUCUGCAGCUGACUCACGGGAUAGUAAACUAUGAGGGUCGUGUGGGGGGUCAGUAUCGGAGGAAGUGGCGAGGAGAGUUGAGUGAGGAGGCAGAGAAGCUACUGGACAAACACGCAGAGUUCAGUGGACUCAGUGAAGCACACAAGGCAGCCAUUCGUCUGUCCAUCUUGAUCAAAUACCAUCGGAUGUUUGCUGUCAAGAUGUCAACCUUCUCCUCCCUGAUUCAGAGGAUAUCAGCCUUGGCCCCGGAGAUAGCAGCUCUAGAGGCUAAGGGCUACACUGAGGGGGAGGUGUCACAUUACAAUUGGAUUGCUGUGUUGAUAAAGGACCUUGGAGAGCUGGUGAUGGACAUCGAGGAGGUGUUGAAGAACCAUCUCACUGUGCUCAACAUCAAGGACCCCAAGGAUGUGGACAGACUCAGCCAUCGUGUGGACAUUCUGCUUCAACUGUACAAUUUCACUCCAUUCGUGGAACGUCUCCCUGAAGAGAAGCGGAGGCUAUCACAGUUACUGGAGAAGAGUAUUCAAGUUGCUGUGCCUAUCUGGUUCCUUGUGCUCUGUGCCAACCUAAUGCCUGACCAGAAUACACCGGACAUGCAGCUGAUCGCUUUCAAGGGUCUCGUUGAACACAUUCUCAACCACUGCAGGAGAGUGCUACAGCACAUCAACCCCAUCUUUCAGAGAGCUGGCGUAGACUACUUCACUCACUUUUAUCUCAUUAUCGACAAACUGAUUGUGGUGGAGGCCAUGUCCAAGCUGGAGAUUAGAGAGAGCCCUGAUGCUGUCACCACGUAUGAGAUGUACAGGGCAAUCAAGGAGAUCAAGAAACUCAAGAAAAGCAUCCCAAAAGAACAUCGUCAGCAGUUGCAGAUGGCCAACUUUCACAAGUAUUUCCAGAGAAAUGUCAACCAGUGGAUAGAUCUGGCCACAGAGAGAUGCAGAUCACGUAUCAAGCAAGCCAUUGAGCUAGACACAGUAGUCCAGGUAACGGAGGAUGUCCAGUUCUCAUCCUCGGCUGUUGAUGGAACUGGAUUCCUGUUCCUCCUCAUGAAACUCAGCGAUGAGCUUGAGUGGCCAGCUAAGGCGGAGGCAUUUACAUUCAAGAUCUCCGUGGUGAAGAGUGUGUGUGAGUGUGCUCUAUUCUACGUGUCUGAGGUGUACAAUCGCCUGAGGCCAGAGGACAUGUUCAACCAACAAGGAAACUUCAGGGCCACUGAGAAGCUGAGCAUAGUGCUGAACAACAUGCAACACAUCAAGACAGUGAUAUUGAAGCACUUGAUGGAGCACUCAUUGAAACAGAGCAGCAAAAAGCUAACAGAAGAGGAGCAAGACAUUCAGACUCACUCCAAGGAGGUUAUGGGAACAAUCAUUCAAAGCACUGCAGAAGACAUUGAUACGAAAUUAGCCAGCAUCAUCAGGCAAAUCAUUUCCAAGAUGAGCCCUGAUAUAACUGCACUUAUUGAGGCGAUUGUUGAGAGAAAGACGCCCACGACCAGUCUAGAGGUGAUAGACCCUCUCAUGAGCUACCUGGCCAGCAACCUCCAGACACUGGGGAACCAUCUUCUUACUCCAGUCUUCCAACUAAUCCUGACAGACAUGUGGCGCAUGUCCAGCGAUUGCUUACAGAGAGUGCUCAACUCCGAUUCAGCCAAGAAGAGUGGUGAUCGCAGUCAGUACUACUCGAAACUCAGGUUCAUCCUGCACAGCGUUAGAGAGCUCUUCCAUGCUGAUGGUAGUGGGCUUGAUCUGGAAUGCCUGGAUACCGACAACUACAAGGAGUUUCAGUAUCAGCUUGACGUUCUGAGCCUACAAACGGACAAACUGAUUUUGAGAUUCUUCUCUGAUUUGGCCGAUAUUCAAACUGCUCUGGUCAACUCGGGAGAGGAUAAGAACGGGAAGGUUCUGCUCAGCGUGGGCUACCAUCAAGACAAGGAGGUCAUUGAGGUCAAUCUCUUUCAGGCGAAUAACCUGCCAGGAUUGGACACUUCAGGACUCAGUGACCCAUUUGUUGAGUUGACCCUCAUGCCCCCCUGGCACUUUGGCCACACCCAGUCAAAGAAACAGAAGACAUCUGUCAAAAAGAAGACUGUGAAUCCAGUUUUCAAUGAGGAUAUCAUCAUGCCUGCUAGUAGGGAGUCGCUUCAAACUCGAGGAGCUGUCAUUUUACUGAGUAUCUUUGACUAUGACAGGCUCAGUUCAAACGAUUUGUGUGGAGUGUGUGUCGUGCCGUGUGAAGACAUUCCCAUCCUCUCUCCAGUCCGUUCAGCCUUUGACAACCCUAAUGCAGUGGAGAGGAGGAACCUGACCCUGCCUCUCUUCAAGAUCCCAGAGAGUACAGUUGCUCUGAAUGAAUUAUCUACUCGAGCUAAUUCAUCUGAUCACAGAGCUACUGACUUCCUCAAGGAGAAUAAACAGAUUCUGGCAGAUUUGGAUAUCGAUAAUCCUUCGCUCCAACAGAAGCUCAUGACAAAACAUCUGAAACGGAUCAAAUCAAGUGCAACUGGACUACUUACCAAAGCUCGCAAAUCAAUAUCAUAGCAGAUCUGUAUAACUGUCUGUGUUACACAGUUUGUAGCUUUAAUUUACUUGACUGAUCCCUUAAAUUUUGUGUGUUUCAUAAUACAGUGUGAACUACGUAUAAUUAUUGUUGCAAAUCAAA